CCAAUCCCAUACAAGUCUAUUCCGAAGUAAGUCUCAAUGAGUCCAAUAGGACUUGCCGUACUGAGACAAGAAGGGAACAGAAUCCUGAGCCACACACUUCUGAUGUUAAUGCGGUACAACUGAGUCGCUUUUCAUUGUCCUUUUUUGCGGGGGAGGGGGAAGGUUUAAACAAGAACGGGGGUUCAAAUCCGACUGGACGUCUUUGUCUCGAAUAGAAACCCGUUUCCCUCCCAGAGCCCCCUGGGCUCCUCCCCACAGCCUCAAACACGCCCCCCACAUUACUGCCCCCCUUUCUUCCCUCCCAUUUCCUUCCCCCUGUCCCGUGCUGGAAUUUGCUCCCCCUCCCUUUCCAUCCUGCAUCCCAUCAGAGGACAAGCAACUUGGAAGAGGUCUAGGUAUCUGGGACGGGGGCUCCCGCCCCAAAUCCGCGCUCCCGCCCCGAGACCAAGGUGAGGGGCGCACGGAAAUGUAUUUAUAAUGGGGGGGGGAGGGAUGUGUCGAACCAGGGAUAUUUUGAAGGGUAUAAAAAGCAGGAGGAGACUCCCUCCUCGGGGGGAGGGGAUGAUUUCUACUGUAUUGCAGAAUAUUUUUCUGAUUCUGCCCACCCUAAAGUCUCUUACUUGCAAGAUCAGGGGGGCAGGGAGAAAUUUGGCAGCUGUAGUUAGUUCCCUCCAGAGGUAUUGGUACUUUGUUAAAAGAAAGACGCAAGAAAGAGAUCCAAAGGCUCCUUUCAUGUUAUUUUGCUUUUCUCCCCUUUGGUCCCCGCCCCCCCCCUUUAGGGAAAUAAUUUAAGGGAGAGCGGGAAUGGGUGUGCGUUUUAAAAGCCCAGCACAAUUUUAUGGGUUAUUUGCUGUAAGGAAUAUAUUUUCGACCAGUUCAGAUCCGGGAAUUUAACAUUCUUGUUAAAUCCAGAAGGGGGGGGGGGGUUGGAUCUUGAAUUGGGAAGGUGGGUCUGGAAUGUGGGUUAUGUUUUAUUUCUACAGAAUGGGCUUUGCUGAAAAAAUGGAAAAGGAACUGUGUCGUGAGUGGCAAAAAGGCAAGGAAUGAGGGUAAGGGUGCGGUGGGGUAGCUUUAGCAGGAAAGACCUACAGGGUGGGGAGCGUUUGGCUAAGGAAAACUUGGCAAUUUCUUUUUACGUGGUCUGGGGAUAAACAUUGCCCGUCUUCUUUCUCGCCUUCAUGUACCUUCAUCUUCAGCGCACAUGAUAGAGGGGAUGUGAUGCCCUACAGGAAAUCUGUAAUCUGGGCCUGGACAAGGGGACUUUCCCACCCCAUGUUCGUUUGUUGUUUAUUUAUUUAGCUUUCCCUAAAUCAGAUAAUUUACCUGCUUUCCCUCCAUUUCCUUAGCCGCUUCGUCUGAAGGGGGUAAAUCAACGUUUUAUGUAUUUCAAGUUAUUUUCCUAAAAAAUAAAAUUAAACAGUGUUAUACUCUUAGUUGUUUUGAUACUUAAAACAUGAUGCACUCUCCAUUUAAAUGGGACAAAAAAUAAAACAGUUCCCGAGCUUGACUGCAUUUGUAAUUUUUAUUGCAGUAAUUUUCAAUAGGAGGUGGGAAACAGGCAAACCUUUAAAGUUAAAAGUACAUAAAUACGGCAUUGUUCUUUUUAAAAAGCAGAGUAUAUGAACAUUGGGAACAAAAAAUAACUCCCUCCAUUUUGAUGUCCAGAGGUUACGACUGAAAGUUGUUUGUGUUUGUGAGGAAGAUUUGGCCAUUCUCUUGAUAGGCCUCUCAACUUUUUUUGGCUGUUAGGGAUCUGCUUGGAUUCAAACUCCCCUCAGUUCUGCCUGAAUGCACAGUUCCCUUGCUACUGGCAUGAUAUAGAAAGGACAUAAGGGGCCAUUGCUCCUACGCCCUGCCCCGCAAACAUUCAAAACUAUGUCUAAUCUUUGUUCAGAAGCAUCUUUAUUUCUGACCAGCCUACUGAUUCUGCACACUUUAGAAGCCAUAGUGAGACAGGGCUUUGUAGUGGUUAGACUGAUGGGGCUAUCUUCAGGGAGAGACCUGAGUUCAAAUCCCACCUCAGCCAUGAACUUUUGGCCAGAACUUAGCCCAGCCUAUCUCACAGGGGAGUUGCCAGGAUGCAAUUGGUGAGAGUCCUUUAGCCACCCUUUGCUUUUUGAAUAACAUAAACAAAAAAUUGUACAAAAUUGUACAAACCAGUGUGCCAGGCCUGAAGGCCAUAGCCACCAACUUGUUUGCUAUGAUUAAAGAGGGUGGUGAGCAUUUAAAAUUUUCAGCAUGUCCAAGAGAUGGUCUUUAAACUUUAUGUAGAAUCCACAAUACCAUUUCUAAUGCUAACCAGGCCUUGACCUGCCCAUCCUCCCAUUUAGGCCUAGGAAUUUUACCUUGGCCUGUUUGUUUGGGGUCUCCCAACUCUGAAAGGCUCGUUUUUGUCUGAGGAAAGGCUUCCUUUCAUAUAGAUUAGCCUAAUCACAGUUUGGCUGAAGUGGCACAGGGGGGCGGGGACAUUUCUCUGAAUUAUUUCAGUGAGAGAGACUUCAUUUUAUUUCAUAUUGUGUGAGUGACACUGAGUAACACCAGCCUAGUAGUUCUUAAUUAUAACAGUUGUAUCCUAUCACCCCUCCAAGGGGAUCAAGGUGGCAUACAUAGUUCUCCCUCUUAAUUUUUUUUUAUUAUUUGAAUUUAAAGGGAAUAAAAACCCCAAUAAAUUGCUUGUGGGAUCCCAGCAGACUUUUUCACCUUCCCUCUCCUCCUCUCUCUAGCUCCCUUGCAGUCCCAAGCCCCACAAAGCAAAUUAGGGGAAGGGGAGGAAGCUGCGGGGGAGACAAGAGGAGGAUAGAAUCCUAUUGCAUGGACAGCUUUGGAUACGUCACUUCAUUGUUUUCAUAGGGGACCAGGAUUGCCUAUGAAUUUCUUCCAACUGUAGUGUAAAUGCUCAUGUAUGAACGUUCCAGAAUCACAGCAUGUUGUUUUCUUUUGCCCCCCCCCCUUCCAGACACAUCCACCAUGGGGGUCAGCCGCGGCUGCUUGCUGUGCGUUAAAGUGAAGAUGUUCGUCUUCAACCUCAUCUUCUGGGUGAGUUGCAUUGGGUCUGUGCACCUCCCCUCAGACAAGGUUGUGUGAAAGUCAAAAAAAUCUUCAUCGGAUAGCCUUUCUGUCUACAUGUGACCUGGGGACUCCCAGGAUUAGUGGGAAGGGCUUAUGGGCCUGUUAUUCAUGGCAGGACAUUUCUCUUUUAAUAAAUAAGUAACAAGUUGCCCUACAGGUUUGUAAGAAUGAACAAGAGGGAAAGUGCAUCUGUGUGUUAAAACGCUGUCAUUUUAUAGCAAACCAAAAAUCUGCCUGUAGACUGCCUGAGAGACCCCGCUCUCCACUAUUGGCUGAACCGCUUGUGAUGUCACAGAAGUUUCAUCGGCAUUGUAAUGGGCAAGGGGGUGUCAGCAACAGAAUGUCGACAGCUGCUUUAUUUGUUCCAAUAAAAACUUGGCACAGGAUUGGGAGUCAGGAGGAACUAGGUCUUGUUUGUGGGAAGGGGCUGAACUGAGAGCUUUUGCGGCUGGUGAGUGGAGACUCAGCCGAUGAUCUCUUCCACAACAGCAUCCUGGACGGAGGGGGGGGGAGGUGGUACCAUCAGAGGUGGGGAACCUCAGGUCAUGCACAUCUCUCCAGACCUCUCUACUUGACCCUCAGGACUCUGCCCAAGCCACACCCCUCACUAGCCUUGAUCUUCACCCUCCUCUAGUGAUUCUACAUGCCUGGCAUGUGUCCCUGAACAGUGAUCUAGCUUGCCUUCUCUCCCCGUAGCUCGGCGGCUGUGGGGUGCUUGGCGUGGGCGUAUGGCUGGCUGUGACCCAGGGCCGCUUUGCCACCUUGUCGUUCUCAUUCCCGUCUCUGUCGGCAGCGGGGCUUUUCAUGGCGACUGGAGCCAUCAUCAUGGUUGUGGGCUUCCUCGGAUGCUUGGGGGCGGCCACAGAGCACCGCUGCCUCCUGCUGACGGUAAGAGGUAUCUCUCCACUGGGUGUUACAUGGGGGGGGGGUGAGUGUAAGAGAUUCGGAUUAAAUUGGUGCAGAGGUGUCUAAUGAGAUCUUCGGUAGGAGAAGGUGCCCGGCAGAGAAAUGGCUUAAUUCAAAGCACAGUUUCUCUACAGAACCUAUGUUAAAUGCAAGAAUGCUCAGCCCUGCUUUGGAGCAUAGGCAGAGUGCAGUCAUCAGUAGGAAGCAGAAAAGUGCAUUUCUGAGAUGCUGUGGACAAGAUGGGGUCCAAGAGGUGCAUUUUUCUGUGCAUAAAACCAUUGGGAGCAGUAACAUACCUUCGCUUGUGGGACGUCUUGCUUUAGAUAUGUUGUUGUUUUCAACUUUUCUUCCUGAUUGUGACUUGGCUGGCUGGCUUGAGCGAUGCAGAGCUGUGGGUUCCGCAUGUAUCUUUCAGCCAUGCCAGUGAUCUCUGCUUGCGGCGGCAACUUGUGCUAUUCAUUCAACUGUGGGUGGCUGGGAGGAAGGAGGGCUUGCAGGGUUAGUUGAACCAGAGGGCCUGAUUGCAUGUAUAUGAUCCUGUGACUGCAAUCAAGUAUGGAGCGGGGGGGGGGGAGUGCGGAAGUGGGGGCACACUUUUUUCAGAGAUGCACAUAUCUGUAAACACAAAACUGUGUUGUAUGAGGCUUUCUCCUUCUCCCUGUAAUUGCUGAUUUGGGUAUAUCUCUUCCCUAGUUCUUCCUGGUCCUCUCCACCCUCUUCCUCCUGGAGCUGGUUGGGUUGCUGGUUUUUGUCACCUGUAGGGACAAGGUAAGGACCUUCCUCACCCCGUAUGUAGAAUGAGGAUGGUGAGAUCCAGUUCAUUUGGGCAACCUGCAGUCUGCAGGCCACAUUCAGCCAUCACAGGCCUGCAGUGCAGCCCCCGCCCCUUGCCACUGCUGAGUGCACACUCUGAUACAAGAUAGUUUACUUAAAGAUGCCAUGAUAAUACUGGCAGCUCCCUGUAGCACCCGUGCUCUUAACAGAUGUGUAUGCAGAGAGGAAACUGAUUCAAACCAUGAGCCUGUCCCGAUUCUCGUGGAAUGAGGAAAGAGCCCAUUGUAUAGACCUCAUGAAUCAUCAUCCUGCACCUCCCCGCCACACCCCAUAUACUUCUUCAAACUUUGGGGUCUGCCAAGCCUGCUGAUACUUUCCCACUUGUUAAUGGUUGGUGCCAUUUUUGGCUACAUUAGGAGCCACACUCAGACACUGAGUUUGCUUGUAUCAUGUAUACGGAACAGUUGCAUAGUGGAUAAAGUUAUUUGAGUUACAUGCUUUCUUAAGAUAGCAGGUUUUAAUUCGUCCUUGGAAUUUGGAAUAUUGCACCAUUUCAUUUAGGGUGGUAUCUUCCAGAAAGAGGUCUGGAACCCACGGAAUUAGGAAGUGAGGGAAAAGAGAAGGGAGGUUUAAAAAAGAGUGGGGGCUGGACUUCAGACUGUUGGAGUGAACUACUUGGCAAAGUCUCCACCCCUAACUUGAACAUCGGAGGGUUUCCCGAUACUCCUCCAGUUUGGAGAAGUUCAGAAGAAAAAUGGCAGGGCAGGGUUUCCAUCCAACUUUGAAUAAGCACCAUGAGGGCUGUGCUUGCCCCAUCAAGUCGAAGUCACAAUCUAGUCUCUGCAUCACUCUUACCAUCACACACACAAGUGCUGGUGGUCCAUUGGGUGUGCUUAUUUUGUCCUUUCUCUAGUUUGAUAGAUAUGCCCAGUCCAAUCUAAAGGAAGGACUUCAGCUGUAUGAGACAGAGGGAAAUGUGGGUUUAACCAGAGCAUGGGACGUUGUGCAGAAUGAGGUGAGUGUUACACACACACACACACACACACACACACACACACACACACACAGUUUACAGUACUUCCAAAUGGUCAUCAGCCACAUCCUAGCAAAUUCAGGCUGCUCAACUAAAGCUGAUUUUGAGUUCUUGUGCAACAAAUCCACUUCCCUAAUAGAUUGGGAUUUUUUUGCAAGAAAGAGGUGGGGGAAAGGCAGUAGGAAGUGUGCGAUUGCACUUGCAUCAUGCAUUGCCAUCUAAUCUGCCCACAAACAGGUCAUCUGGAAGCACAUUUUGAGAGCUAAGAAACAGCCAGGGAGAUUUUCCCCCCUUUAAGCAUCCUCAUCCCAUUUUGGAAGAGCCCCCCCCCCGUGUGUGAGACUGAUUUCUCCCCUUGCUUCCCAGUUUCGCUGUUGUGGGGUGCAGAACUACACAGACUGGUUUGAGGUCCGCAACAGAACGUGGGUUCCGGAAUCCUGCUGCUUGCAGCAAAGUGACAUCUGCCAAGUGGACAGCGCCAGCUGGUGGAAGGAGGUGAGACGGCAGCAGGAGUUGCCCUCAAGGAGCAGAGAAUCCCCUACGGCUGUGGUUUCCAAAUUGGGUUGUCUGCUGAAGCCCCCUCCAGAAAUGCUUGUGUCCUGAGCAAGUGGCAAAUGGCUAAAUGCAGGGUCUGAUUACCAAGGCUGGCCUGCACUAAAACCCUCCAGCAGACCUCUUUCUCGAAUCUGUUGAAGUUGAGAGGGCCUUUGACACUCUGUCCUGCAACGAAAGUAUCAGCUUCUGGCUUUUGACCGUAGAUUCUCAUCUCGCUCUCUGACCAUACAACACUCUCAAAAUUACUUGUGUGCUGUUCUAACUUUAUGGCUUAUCCCAGUGAAUCCUGAGAAUUGUCACUCAAGGAGGUGCCGAGACCUUUCUGUUUUUAACGUUUUGUGCAUUAAAUGUUGAGCUGUCUCAGGAAGGAGGGAAUGAUGAAACCAGAAGGGGAAGGGGUUCCUAGUCGUUGGUGGUCUACAGACCAGCACAUGACUUUUAUGAAGCCCCCAAAAAUUUCAAGACUAGCUACUCUGUGUGUCUUCUUGCCGUUAGCAAUAUACAGUAAGACAGAGGGCCUUUGUGGAUUGCUUUUCCUGAGGAAAGCGGCCUAGCCCAGUCCUCUUCUGAUGUUUCAACCCAACUGAGUUUUGGUGACGGCUGCAGCGAAGUCUUUGAUUUGCUUUAUUAAUGCUGCUUCUCAAAGCUGUCGUGUUAAUUUAACUCAUCUUUUUAACUGUGAGAUUUUCAUGCUCUUUUUUUUGAGCGGGAUGGCAUAUCUGCUUUAUGAUUUUUAAAACAUCAUGUUGUUUAUACUUAAAAGUCGCUAAUGAGAAGCAGGCUAUAAAUAUAUUGGGGGAAAACAACACCACCUAGUCCAGGCUGUAGUAUGGAUACAUCCUAUUUUAGUUAGUUAUCUUCCUACCUUCCCCAAUAUAUUUUACUCUCUUACAAUAGAAGGAUGGUGGCAGUCAGCCUAUUAGUGUGACCAGUUACCAGCCUAGGUUGCUGCAGUUUUAACGAUAUAGGCAAAUUAGACAGGUUCAGAAAAGAGCACUGAAGAUGACCCGCUGCAUGGAAAAUAAUCCUGGGAAGAAAGGUUGAAGCAACCAGGUAUGUUGAUUCUGUUUAGACUGAGAGAGGUAUGUGUGUAAUAGCCCUCUUCGAGGAGAAAUGCUGUCACAUAAAGCAGAGGCAGGGAACUUCAGGGUCAAAUGCAGCCUGCCAGGCCUAUCUGUCUGUUGAAAUUUCCCUUAGCCUCAUCCCUCACUGGUGCGACUUCGUAUCUAGAGUGUUUUUGCCUGACUGUAGUACGUCCUUGAACUCUCCUAAUGCCUGUUGCUUGUCUGGAUGGAGGACAGAGAGGGGUGACUGUGCAGAAACCAGUCUACUUACUGUACAGUAGUAAAAUUUAGCUUCACUCCUUCACCCAUCCUAGCCUGCAGCUCCCAGCUAGUCGCCAAGAAGAAAAUGCAGCCCUCCUGCUGGCAAAGGUUCCUGUUGCAGAAGAAAGGCUUGUUCACUUCAGCCCAGUGGAUCAGAAGGGGGGACACUUUAAGUUAUAGGAGCUGAUUUGGGCUGACUAUUCAGUUUAAUACUCAACCCAAAUAUUCAACUGAUUGAUGGCAAGCGCAGUUCCACAAUGGAACAAAUGACCCAGCAUUCCUACUAGAAACAGCUUGCAUGUUAAAUAAACGUUAGAUUAAAUGGAAGAUGACAUUUUUUUCGGUGCACAAGAGUGUGAUCAACCCAGAUCGGAGGCACUGCCUCUUCUUGCCAGUGCGCUCUGGUGACCAUGUUUGUUUUGUGCUCUAUUCCCCUAAAGCCCUGUUACGAGAAGGUGAAACGCUGGCUAGGAGAGAACAUCUCAGCCAUGGGCAUCUUUGCUGCCUGCAUCAUUGUUGUCCAGGUGAGCAGGAAGGAACAGCCAUGGGAGGGGACACACACACCUGACCUGAGCAACUGCCGAGGCUGCUCUGGUGCAACCACGCAUGUGCCACCCAUUACCAUCAGCCCAAGAACAGAAGUUGGGGUUGUCUGCAGGGGACCACAGAAUAGGAUUCAGCCAGGGCAGGAAUUCUUUCCAACACUGGCCAUGGUCCCACAGGGAGUAAAUAAAUAAAUUGGAAGAAACACGUAAACUGGUGCAAUCUGUGCUUUCAAAAGGCAUCCCCCUUUAGGAGAGAAGACUGUCCAGGAGGAUGGUUUCCCGACUGGGAAAAGACCACAUAGAAGCUGCCCCUGCCACCUCCAGUUUGUACAAAAUGGGCCAAGAAGCAGGGGAAUGGGAAGCCAGAAGCCAGGGCAUUGGCUCAUUUGUAGAGUCUACGCAGUUAGCCAAUAUGGGGCCUUUUAGAAGUUGUGGACUACAACUCCCAUCAGCCCCAGGCAGCAUGGCCAGAGGUCACAGGUGAUGGGAGUUGUGGUCCAAAAUAUCUAGAGGGCAGCCCAUUGGCUACACCUGGUCUACACGGACAAGCAGCAGCUUUCCAGCCUUUUAGACAGCCCUGCUUGGAGAUCCUGGGUGGUUGGACCUGAGACCUCACGCUCAGCCUUCCUACAUUUUAGAGGCAGCGGCGAGGAGGGGAGUUCAGGAGGCAGCAUCUUAAUUCCAAUAUUGUAAGGAAGUGACAUGCUGGGCUGGGACUCUUCCGCCCCCGCUUUUUUUGUUGUCUGUCUGACCUCCUUUAUGUCUCUCCAGGUCUUGGGCAUCGUUUUCUCCAUGCUGAUGUACUGCCAGGUGCGGCGGGCGGAGAAAUACUAUGACUGAGCCCCAUCCGAGUACAUUCUUCAUGCCUCCGUCUUUGUGGCUCAGAAGCAGCACCAAGGGGAUUCCUAGCUCCUUUAGGGCACCCACUUUCCCUUGCUUCCUCUCCCUUUCGCUUUCUUUCUUAUUUGAGAGCCUGAGGCCUUUUGCUAAAGAUCAUUCCUGCCAUUAGACUCAUGCCAUAUCUGCUGGGAGAGGAAGAUACCCCCCCUUCCUUCUGAAGGACCUCGUUUUUUGCUAAAUCUUUUAUUGUGCGUACCUCUUUUCAGGCCUAGAGUGGGAUUAUAUUUCCUUUCACCUUAGCCUACAUAAUCCCCCAUCCCACCCCUAUAUUUUACAUCAUGAUCCUGACACUUACCCACCCUUUGCCCUUCAAUCUUGUUGCUUUUGUAUAUAACAGAACUAUACCAAGCACCAAUAAAGCAAUUAAUCCCUUUCAG